UAAUAAAUCAUUCCUAAAGAAACUCUAAUCCCGAAACUUUAAGGGCUGAUUGUUUUAAGCACCAUAACUAUUUUAAUUUUUUUUCUACACAUGUUAGAAGCUCUAAAAACACAGUCCCCUGGCUGUCCCCACCAUUGAUUUGUUGACUAGAUAUGGGAUUUACGAGAAAGGUAUUAUAGCUACAUACAUUUGUCAGUAAUUAUCAUAAAGCAAACAUAUUAAAAUAUAUUAUUUUCAUAAAACUAGAUCUCAUUACGCAUUUUAUUAUUUAGUAAACACCUGCAAACUUUGUCCCCAAAAUUUUUAUACAGUCCCCUGCCAAAGAUUUAAAUCCAUAGAAAAAAAAAACUGUAAGAUUAAAAAACAUUGUUCUAAGUGAAACGAAACGCAAUUGAUGUGAAGUUAGCUACGAUGCCGAAAGCGGUGACGAGACGCCAUCUUGUUUAGUUUCAGAGUGACAUUUGUGUGGUGAACACGUGUUUGUUCCGGUACCCCGCACAGUCCUCCGGCCGAGCGAAAACACAAUAAUAUGGCUCCGAGAAAGAAAAAGUUAUCCCGAGAGGAAUUACUACAGAAGAAGAGAGAAGCAGAACGACUACGUUAUGAAAAAAGAAAAAAUGACCCACAAAAGAGAGAAGAAAUGAGAGAAAAGGAAAAAUUAAAGUACCAAAAGAAGAAAGAAAAAGGUUCACGAAAGUUGGUAAAGGAUAUGACACCUCGUGAGCACAGAGCUGCCCUAAAGAAGUGGAAAGAACAUUGUACCGUGUACCGAACCAAAAGAUUAAGACUGAAAAGUGUCACUAAUACUUUUAUACGAGACAAUACGCCAAUAUCAGAUCUAGAAGCAUCUCCUCCGCCUACAAGACCCACCACUCCAAUUCCAGAGCAGUUUUCUUCAGCUCCAAGCCCAGCAGCUUCCAGUGCUAGUCAACAACAAAGAAAGAAAGAAGCCACGACUCGACGAAAGAAGUUUAACAGGAAAAGAAAUGAAAAAAUUGCACGUUUAGAGAAAAGGCUUGAGAAGUACAAGAAAAGGUUAGCUAGAUUUAAAAGUAAAAUGCAGAAGAACGUUGAAGAUACACCUAAAACAAAGAUAUUAAAAAUGUUAGAAGAGCCUGAUCAAAGAAAAGAAGUAGUAAAGAAAGCGUUGUUUGGCGACGUCAUUAGUAAUCAGUUGAAAGAAAAUUAUUCUACAUUGAAACAUACGAAGGAGAGACAAAUUUUCAAAAAAGUUGUUACUGGUAGUCUUGUUCGAAAGUAUAGGCAAUGGAUACCUAAAGAAAUUAAAUCGUUGUCUAGACCCGGAAAAAAAUCCAACCUCAAUGGCUUAGAUGUACCUGUAUUGAAACGAUGUAAAAUACCUGAAAGUUAUAAAAGAGCUGUUCACAAUUUCUUUGAAGAUGAUAGUAAUAGCCGUAUGGGAGCCGGUAAAAAAGAAUUUAUUACUAGGAAGACUGUAAAGAAACAGAAGAGGUAUCUUCUUGACACAGUUAUGAAUCUUUACAAAAAGUUUAUUACAGGCAACUUUAAAAUUAGUUACCAAACUUUUUGUCGACUCCGUCCAUUUUGGGUUGUUAAACCAAAUGCUCAAAACCGCGAUACAUGUCUUUGCAUAGUUCACAGCAACAUAGACAUGAAGCUCAGCACACUUCAUACUGCAAAUAUAUUGGGUUACAACAACCACCAGAAGUUACUGGAAGAGCUAUGUUGCGACCGGUAUAAUGUGAAUUGUUUGGCGAGAUCCUGUCAUACUUGCCUUAAUAAGAACCCGAAAUAUAAAGAAUUUGAUAACAGAAAUGUCAUAAAAUAUAAAAUGUGGAUUUCGGAAAGGCAACAAAUACAAGAUUUUAAGACUAAAAAGCCCCGACUCGUGACUAAAUGUUUGAAAAAAACAUUUGAAGUACAUCCAAGACAGCUCAUAACGCAAUUACAGAAAGAUUUAGACAAGUUUUUUGAACACCAGCGAAAUAUUGUUCACCAAUAUAAAGCCAUAAAGGAUUUGAAAUCAAACCUACACUGCGACGAAGUCCUGAUACACGUCGAUUUCAGUGAAAAUUAUUGCACUAAGUACUCUGAAGAAAUUCAGGCCUUUCAUUUCGGUGGAUCUCGUGCACAGCUGAGCCUGCAUACCGUUGUAGUUUAUCUACAAAAUUCAAUCCUUUCUUUUUGCACAGUCUCCGAGAACAUAACCCAUUCACCUGCUGCCAUUUGGACACAUCUACGACCAGUUUUCAGGGCUCUUCCAUGUAACAUUAAACGAGUGCACUUUUUGAGCGAUGGCCCUGUAACGCAGUAUCGCAAUAAAACUAUGUUUUUUAUAAUGGCAACUAAACUCUCUGAAGAAAUUCCUGAUAUUGAAAACUUUACAUGGAACUACACUGAAAGUGGCCAUGGAAAAGGUGCACCGGAUGGAAUCGGAGCAACAUGUAAAAGGACAGCAGAUUUUGUAGUUAGUUCUGGAGGUGACAUCAACAAUAUUGAUCAGUUUGUUACAGUUAUCCAGGAGCGAUGUCUUGGCAUCACAUGUAUCGCGAUUGACGGUAAAGACAUUCAGGCAAUGGUCGAUACAGUUGAAGAGGAAGCAGCCGAUCAGAAAGGGUUUAAAGGUACUCUAAAUGUACAUCAGGUCGCAGGUGUUUAUUCCAGCUCCAUCCCUGGCCUUCCCACUAAAUGUAAAACACUUACAAUGAAAACUCUCAGCUGCUUUUGCAACCGCGGAUCUUGUGAACAUUAUAAGAUAGGCAGUAUCAACUUUGCUUUAAAGCCUAAAUUGACAGUAGAAGAAGUAUUUACAGAGUCCGAAGCCGAAGAUCUUGAGCCUGCUAAGUCUGAAUUGACACCUACACAAACGAAAUCCCUUCAAAGAUUGGAUGAUGCUAUACCAGGAACGAGUGGCAUUCAGAAUUCAUUUUACAAUACAGGAGAUUAUGUUCUUGUGAAAUAUACAGCUAAAAAUGUGGAAUAUCGUUAUGCUGCUGUAAUUAAUGGGAUUGACGAUGAAGAAAAUGACUUACGUGUUACUUUCCUCAAGAUUUGUGACCAAAAAGCGCAGCUCUUUAGAAUAGAUGAUAAUGACAUUUCAGACGUGUCAUUUGAACAAGUUGUCCUAAAGUUGGAUAAUCCUGACUUGAUUUUAAAAGGAAAAAGAAUAUUUUAUAAAUUUCCUACUGAAGUAAAAGUUUUUGAGCGCUAACUUUUUAACGUGUUAAAUUAACUGUGAUUUAUUUGUGCCUUAUUUGAAUUAAUAUUUUUAAGGUUUUUGGAGAUUUCAGUUUAAUUUAAUUUGAGAGAAAAGACUUUCUUUAUAACCUAUGUUAAUGAUGUAAAGAUAGUAGGUGUUUCAAUUUAACUGCAUAAAUUUAAUUAAUGACUGAUAUUAUAAUACUAACUUACUGUUGAUCUCAAAAAGUUCAAAAUAUUUCUAGCACAUAAGUUUAAUUUUUGAUACGAAUACUUACAUUUUUAUAUUACAAAUUAAUAUAAUAAGUAUUUAAAUGCAUAGCAUUGAGCAAUCCAUAUUAUAAUAAAUAAUAUUAUAUUGAUCUCUUAGCAAGUACAAAAUGUUUCUAGCACUUAAGGUUGAUUUGUGAUAUGAAUGUUUAAAAAACGUUAUGUUUUCUGUUAUUUUUCAUAAAGAAACUUAGUUGAUUAUCGUUGCGAAAACAUGUCAUUUAAAUA